AUGAGCAGCCUAUAUGCUUCGACCAUUCGCGACCUUCAAACGGUCUUCAAUUCGAAAACCGCACAAACUACGUCAACGAGGGUGCCCAACACUGUGAGCGCUCUAGUAUCCGUGGAUAUUGCUGUUGAAGCUUUGCAACUACAAAUCCGAGCGGCCAAGGCUCUGUGGCUUCGGUGGGAUAUCGGGAAGCUCUACGGGUCACGACAAGGCGACAACAGCGACUGCCGCUUUGCUCUAAAGACCGCACCUCAUGUGAUAGGGGCAUAUGCAUCGAUGCGUAAGCAGAAGGCUACCGAUUCAUCUGCGCUACGACUUCCCUCCAUUUCAAUAAUAGGAAGCAUACAGUCGAAGAUUGGCCGCCCACAUCUGCUGGCCAAUAUUGAAUUGGGCUUCUUCACCGGGAUACUGAAGCCUGUGGUAUUAGAUCGAUUGCUAUCCCUGUACCAACAAUUAGCGGCAGAUAUUGGUCAAUUAGUUAGUGAUUGGCGAAGUGAUGUUGCCGAUGCCAUCUCCAAACGACACGCAAAGGGUUUAUCGGCAGCCUCUAUCGAAUCAACACCCACCUUUCACGUCAAGCAAGAUUCGCCUCUGCUCUUCGAUGUCCACAUUGGCAUAUCUGGGUUAAGGUUAGGUCUUCGAGCGGAUGAUGUGGCAACAACGCUUUUGUUUGAAGCUUUGGCUGUCAAAGGCAGAGCGACUAACCAGGACACCGAAGAAACAGCACUCCGAUGGCGAGCAAAGGUCGAUCAUUUUGGUCUGUCACUCGGCCAUCUUGGCUCUCAAGCACUCUCAGAUGACACCGGGCCUAUACGUACACAUCAAACUGCUUACAUGGUUUUGGAUGCGGAAAUACAAGAGGUUCCAGCAACAGCUCGUUCCACGUCGAAACUCAAUAUCAGUCUCAGUCGAGUUCACACAGUGAUGCAUCCCGAAGCUAUGAGUGAAUUAGCAGAUCUUCUGAGAAGCUGGAUGUCCGAUCUUCAUGUACUACGCGAUCAUCGCUCUGAAGAGGUAGCAGAGGUCAAAUCUCACACCAAUAAAGUACUCAAGCGAUUAGAAUCAGCCGAAAGGGUAGAACAUUCCGAUGUAUCUUGGUUCGCCAACCGACUGGUUUUUGUGGAGAUUUCGGGUAUUGGUAUAGCUAUGCCCCUAGUGGAAGGAGCUGCUGUCGGUGACAGUGUACAUAGCGAUAUCCCCGCUUUGCUGUAUUCAAUCCGAAUGAUUAGUUUUCAGAAUAGACGAAAUGAAACUGCGAGAUUCAAUGUACAAAACAUGGCUUUACAGUUUAGUAUUCCUGAACAUUUCACGGCUGAAUUCCAUGAAACCGUAAACUGCAUGAAUCUCCCUUCAAUCGAUAUGGAAUGUCAAAUGUCUUCUACUCCUGACACGUGGCAGCUUUCCGCUCAUUGUUCUGCUACCGACUUCAAAUUGUCACUUUCACCUGACAUAGCAGAUGGGAUAUACAAACUUAUCGACCUGUUCCAUCAUGGGAAAGAGCGUAUUUCCAACCUCGAAGCACAGUACAAAUCCGAAAUGGCCAAAUACCCUCACGAAUCUGUUUCCUCGAAAUACGAUGAUUCAGCGUCCCCUAUCACCGCUCGUCCAUCUCAACAAAUCUCAGUAAGAAUGUCAUAUACGUUUAAUAGUGGAAUCGUGGAACUUCAUCGAGAAGUCUCUGAUAGUGAUCGGAGGAUGAUGAACGCGGACCUGAAGAGAGGACGACACUGGCAUGAUACUGUUGUCCUCCCCACUGUGUCGCUGUGGAUGGAUUAUACGGGGCCAAAGGGCAAUGAUGCGAUCUCAGACGAUAGCGAGGAGAGCGAUGCCGUACUUCUGUUCAACGCUAGUCGCAAUCUCCUCAGACCAUCGAUUUUGCCUUUCUUCGUGCAAGUUGUAAAUCGCAUGGAAAGUCGAGCGAAGCGCAAGGUGUCGUAUGCAGCACUCUCUCAGCCACCUGACUUAGACCUUCCCCCAACCCCUGCAAGUCAACAGGCGGCUCGGGUCGUGGCGAAAACACCUGCCCAGAGAAUCAAAUUACGAUUUACCCUUCGUAUCGACAGGUCCAGAUUACGAUUAUCCUGUGCUCCUGACUCGAAUGCCUAUGUUGAUCUGAAAUGGGAGAGUGGUGGAUUCCUUGCCAACACGACUAUCGGUAGAGAAGGCGUUACAGCUGUUGCUGGUACUAUAUCCGGUGUUACUGCUUAUCUCCGUCACGAGUUUGCUGAAGAAGGCAGAAGUUGUAUCGAGGCGGGUGCCAAAGAUAUGGCUUUCUCCGUCGCGUAUCGACCUGAAGAUGGAAGUGGUCAUCAAAAAGGUCUGUCAAUAGUUCUCGAUACUCAGCUUUCUGGUCAAUUCAGAUUGGAUCAAUUCAGUGCUUGGUUAGUUUUCGCUGCUGUAUGGGUCGACUCUGCACCUCCACUGGAUUUACCUCCGAAGUCUGCUAUUGUAGAGGCGGCCACUACGUCCGCCCCAAUUCUUGCGCCAGCACCAAGUCAUGAAAAGCUCGCCAUUGUCGCUUUGGUCAGAUUUAGAAGUAUCGACUUCGAUGCCAACGUGGGAGUAACAAAUGCCAAGCUGGAAUUAACACCUGUCGUUCUUCGCACCCUGUCCAACGGCGAAGUUACCGAAGUAGACUUAGACAUUGGCGUAACCCAGUUUACGGCAAUGGGUGAUAUUUCUGGCGAGAUAAAGAGCGAACGCAUCAACUUCCAUACCAAUCGACAAUCAUCUCGAGCUGCUUCACACUCAGUUCCGACUGUACUGAGCAUGGCGAUUGACGCAGGGGAUCUAACGGGUGCUCUUUACCUACAAGAUCUGAGGGUCAUAGUGUUCCACUUGGAACCAGCAAACGUGAGAUUAGAAGACAAUUGGAUGGCUUUCAACGAAGACCCGAACUCUCAAGUCAUUCUUGCCUUUACUGUGCAAACGGGUGUUUUCCGUUCUGUGAUCCGAUUACUUGCCAUCCCAUCUCUGUUGAAUAAAGUCUACUCAAUCACAAAUACUUUUGAUUCUCAAGAGCGUGUGGCAUCACAACGAUCCAACACAUUCAAGUCCACUAAACUUCGUAAAUCAACCGAACCAUCCCCUAUGACAGCCGCUAUCCUAAAUACAGCAAGAAAAGCCGGACAAUCUCUUCCGUCCUCACCGCAUGUACGAACGUCUCAGACUAUGAAAUUCGAUCUAGGUGGGAUAGAAUUGGGUAUAUUCAACAGCCCAAUGACCGAUGAUCAAAGAGGAGACUUUUACAGAUUUAUGAUUGGAAAGAUCGAAGCGGAUCUCAAGAGGAGACUGUCACGGGAAGACUUGCCACUUCGAGAUCUCAGUUUAUUGGUCUCAUACGUGAUAUGGGAAACAAGCGAUGGCCCCAAAGCAUUGAGAGACGCAGCGGUAAUGAGAAUAGUCAAAGAAAUGAUUGAGUCGGCUUCGAAACAUGGCCGAAGAGAAAUCGCCAAAUUACCGUCAAUGACCAUGACAAUGAGUUCUAUCGAAGAGCCAAGACCAUCUGUUUUGUUAUACGAUUUCGACUUAAUUUGGGGUGAAGGUGAUGGAGAUUUCUCAAUCUUACCAUAUUUCUUCGAACAGGCCUACAAGACAUUUGACGCGUUUACAAAAGGUUUAGAACAAGAACAGAUCACCAAGGCUAAACGAAGAGGGGAUGAUUUGCCACCGCGACGAAACACUUCGACAAUCAGAUUUGAUCAAGACUACAUCCAGAAUGAUGGCGAACCGUGGGGAGAGAAUGAUCAAUUGACUUUCAAGGAUAGAUCAGAAGGUCAAAAGCCAUUACCUGUACCAAGACUAAAACUAUUAGGUGAAGGUACUAGACAAGCCGUGGAAUUGUUACCUAGAAUCAACGAAUUCUCACAACAACUACCAGUAGCAAUCCAUAAAGGUGUCACCGCUCCAUUAGAAGAUGGUAUGGAUUUAUUACUCAGAUUAUACGAAAAACAACUACCGGAUCGAGCACCUUAG